AUGGAGGCUCCAGGGGUCGAUGUCAAGGAUGAGACAUGCAGCAUCUCCUUCCACAAGAUGCUGCUACUGAUGUACCAGGAAGGUGGGCCUAACAAGAUGUUUCUACUCACUACCCUUUCGUGGGCCGUCCUCUCGCUUCUGAUGAUGGGUUGCAUUUCCAACACUGGCUUUUUAAUCUUUCACAACCUCGUCACUAUUGCCAUCGUGCUGUUCCAUGCUAAAUUGGACAACCUUUAUGCGCAGUGUGAAGCACUUUACAAUGGAGACAACCAGGCUUUUGUAGAAGCCCUCCACUUCCGUUCCAUACUCUUUAUUGUCAUACCUAAUCUAAUUAUUCUUCUGAUAGGAGGCACACGACUCUUCUGCAUCCUGCUGCAGAGGCUCUGGACCCUCCAGACUCUGUCGAAUCAACUGCAGGCUCUGGGCCUUAAGCCCAAGGACAAGGGCAGUGUCCCAGAGAAGAAAGGAGAUAGCUCAGCAGCUGAUCCCACGGUAAGUACGUAG